AUGGGAUCCAGAGAGAAGAGGAUGGAGCGAGCUGAAAAGGGGUUAGGUGAGCCUGGCGAUAACCAAUACCCCCCAAGCCUCCCCUCGGCCAAGGUCCUCAUCUUGGACCCCCAGCUUAGCCUAUUGGCCCCCCUUCCAGCUCCACAGCCCCCCAAAAGCUUGACAGAGUGGCAGCCCCAGGUCCCCCCAGUUUACACCCCUGGGCUUAGCCAGGUGGGGGGGGCAGGCUUUGACCCAAGGCCCUUAUCGGGGUUUACAAGACCAUGGCAAACACAGCCCCUUUCCUUCUCCCCUUCCUCUCCAGACGGGGCUCAGGGACUCAGAGGGCCAGGCCCUGAGUGGGGCCUGGCUACUGGCCCCCCUCCAGUGGUAGAAGGCCAGGCUUCGGUGGCAGCGGGGCGAAGGAGGGUCCCUCCCAGCAAACACAAAGGCCCGGGAGCUGGGGGCAUCCAGAGAUCCCCCAGGGCUCUCUUCUGCCUGAGCCUCACCAACCCGGUGAGGAGAUUCUGCAUCACCAUCGUGGAAUGGAAACCCUUCGACAUCCUCAUCCUCAUGACCAUUUUUGCCAACUGUGUGGCUCUCGGGGUCUAUGUCCCCUUCCCAGAGGAUGACUCCAAUGCAGGCAACCACAAUCUGGAGCAAGUGGAAUAUGCAUUCCUGGUUAUCUUCACUGUGGAGACAGCGCUGAAGAUCGUGGCCUACGGCCUAGUGCUGCACCCCAACGCCUACAUUCGCAAUGGCUGGAAUCUGCUGGACUUUGUCAUUGUGGUCGUAGGGCUCUUCAGUGUACUACUGGAGCAAGGCCCUCCCCGCCCAGGGGAUGCCUCCCAUGCCGCAGGGAAGCCUGGAGGAUUUGAUGUAAAGGCCCUGAGGGCGUUCAGGGUCCUGAGGCCUCUCCGCCUGGUAUCAGGGGUACCCAGUCUGCACAUCGUGCUCAACUCCAUUCUGAAGGCUCUGGUGCCUCUGCUACACAUUGCCCUCCUGGUACUUUUCGUCAUCAUGAUCUAUGCAGUCAUAGGCCUGGAACUCUUCCUGGGCCGCAUGCACAAGACCUGUUUCCUCCUGGGCUCUGACCUGGAGGCUGAGGAGGACCCCUCCCCCUGCGCCCCCCCGGGCUCCUCUGGUCGGCAGUGCCUGGGUAACCACACUGAGUGUCGAGGUCGAUGGGCAGGGCCCAACGGGGGUAUCACCAACUUCGACAACUUCUUCUUUGCCAUGCUGACUGUCUUCCAGUGUGUCACCAUGGAGGGUUGGACUGAUGUGCUCUACUGGGUGCAGGACGCCAUGGGGUAUGAGCUCCCCUGGCUCUACUUUGUCAGCUUGGUCAUCUUUGGCUCCUUCUUCGUCCUCAACCUUGUACUGGGCGUCUUGAGUGGGGAAUUCUCCAAGGAAAGAGAGAAGGCCAAGGCCCGAGGAGACUUCCAGAAACUUCGGGAAAAGCAGCAGAUGGAAGAAGACCUAAAAGGCUACCUGGAGUGGCUCACCCAGGCUGAAGAGCUGGACUUCCAGGAACAGGAGAAGGCAGAAGCGGAGGCCGAGGCUGAGAGAGAGGGCAUGGCCACCAGAAGGCCUCACCAGCGUAUGGAGGGUGGGGGUGGUGAGGGAUUCCCAGACCUUGCCCUGAGCCCAGUCUCUGGAGACCCACGAGUGACACUGUCGGAGAUGAUGCACAAGAACCGAAGUCAGCUGAGGUGGUUCCGUCACUCCACUAGCAGCCAUGCUAGUGAAACGGGUUCAAUGACUGUAGAGGCUGGGGCUGAGGAAGACGAAGAGGCCGGGAACACGUGUAGCAGGAACCUCUUCCCAUUCUGCCAAGAUUCCCUGAGAAGGCCUCGGGGCUUCAACCACAGGAGGCUUCAGAGAGAGAGGGCCAAGGAAGGAGCCCAACGUGCCCUGCCCCCCUCCCCUGCAGGAGUGGGGCACUUGGGCCACAAAGGGGCAGAACCGAGCCCGUAUGCAGAGGGAAGGAGUCCCACCAAGUCCUCCUCUGCCCCUUCCAGCCGCAGGCUUCGCAGAGCCAACAGGACCCUCAGGGCCCGCUGCCGCCAUGCAGUGAAAUCCGUGGCUUGUUAUUGGCUGGUCCUGCUGCUUGUCUUCUUGAACACGCUGACCAUCGCUUCUGAGCACCACGGGCAGCCUCUGUGGCUCACCCAGACCCAAGAAUCUGCCAACAAGGUCCUGCUGCUCCUAUUCACUGUGGAGAUGCUGCUGAAGCUCUACGGCCUUGGCCCAACUGCCUACGCUGCCUCCUUCUUCAACCGCUUUGACUGCUUUGUGGUGUGUGGAGGCAUUCUGGAGACCACCCUGGUGGAGGCUGGGGCCAUGCAAUCACUGGGCAUCUCAGUGCUGCGCUGCGUGCGGCUCCUGAGGAUCUUCAAGGUGACCAGGCACUGGGCGUCCCUCAGCAACCUGGUGGCCUCCCUUCUCAACUCCAUGAAGUCCAUUGCCUCCUUGCUCCUGCUGCUCUUCCUUUUCCUCAUCAUCUUCUCCCUCCUGGGGAUGCAGCUCUUUGGAGGGAAGUUCAACUUUGACCAGACCCACACCAAGCGGAGCACCUUUGACACGUUCCCCCAAGCCCUGCUCACUGUCUUUCAGAUCCUCACCGGAGAGGACUGGAACGUGGUCAUGUAUGAUGGGAUCCUUGCCUACGGGGGGCCCUUCUUCCCUGGGAUGUUGGUCUGCAUCUACUUCAUCAUCCUCUUCAUCUGUGGCAACUAUAUCCUCCUCAACGUCUUCCUCGCCAUCGCCGUGGACAACCUGGCAGGGGGCGAUGCCAGUGCCUCCAAGGGCCCGGGAAAGGAGAAGAGUGCUGAGGAAAGUGACAGCCCCCAAGAAAAGGGAGUGUUGGUGCCCUGUGGAGAAGCUGAAGAAGAGAGAGGGCAGAGUGAAGGUGGAGGUUCAGGGGCAGAGGAGGAAGAGGAGGAGGAAGAGGAGGAGGAGGACCACCACGACAUCGACGAGGAGGACGACAAUGACCAAGAAGGGAUUAGGCUAGAACGCCUCCAAGAAGUGGUACCCAAAGAGAAAGUGGUGCCCAUCCCUGAGGGCAGUGCCUUCUUCUGCCUCAGUCACACAAACCUGCUUCGGGUUCACUGCCACGCUCUCAUCCAUCACCGCAUCUUCACUAACCUUAUCCUGGUCUUCAUCAUCCUUAGCAGUGUCUCCCUGGCUGCUGAGGACCCCAUCCGGGCCCACUCCUUCCGCAACCACGUCCUUGGUUAUUUUGAUUAUGCCUUCACUUCCAUCUUUACUAUUGAAAUCCUGCUCAAGAUGACUGCUUUUGGGGCCUUUCUACACCGAGGCUCCUUUUGCCGGAACUGGUUUAAUCUACUGGACCUGCUGGUGGUCAGCGUAUCCCUCAUCUCCUUUGGCAUCCACUCCAGCGCCAUCUCUGUGGUCAAGAUCUUGCGGGUGCUGCGAGUGCUCCGGCCUCUACGUGCCAUCAAUCGAGCCAAGGGCCUCAAGCAUGUGGUCCAGUGUGUCUUCGUGGCCAUCCGCACCAUCGGUAACAUCCUCAUUGUGACCAGCCUGCUGCAAUUUAUGUUUGCCUGCAUCGGGGUCCAGCUCUUUAAGGGCAAGCUGUACAGCUGCACAGAUGAGGCCAAGCACACGCCGACAGAGUGCAAAGGCACCUUCCUUGUGUACCCUGAUGGAGAUGUGGCCCAUCCUGUCAUGAGGGAACGUGUGUGGCAGAACAGCGACUUCAAUUUUGACAACGUUCUGUCGGCCAUGAUGGCACUGUUCACCGUGUCCACCUUUGAAGGCUGGCCUUCGUUGCUCUACAAGGCCAUCGAUGCCCACGCAGAGGACCAGGGCCCCAUCUACAACUACCGGCUGGAGAUCUCCGUCUUCUUCAUUGUCUACAUCAUCAUCAUCGCCUUCUUCAUGAUGAACAUCUUCGUGGGCUUUGUCAUCAUCACCUUCCGAGCUCAGGGAGAACAAGAGUACAAGAACUGUGAGCUCGACAAGAACCAGCGCCAGUGUGUGGAAUAUGCCCUGAAGGCCCAGCCUCUCCGCCGCUACAUCCCUAGGAAUAGGCACCAACACCGGGUCUGGGCGACUGUGAACUCGCCAGCUUUUGAGUACCUCAUGUUCCUGCUUAUCUUGCUCAACACCAUAACCCUGGCCAUGCAGCACUAUGAACAGACGGCUCCCUUCAAUUACACAAUGGAUGUCCUCAACAUGGUCUUCACAGGCCUAUUCACUGUGGAGAUGUUGCUCAAGGUCAUUGCCUUCAAGCCCAAGCAUUACUUCUGUGACGCCUGGAAUACCUUCGAUGCCCUGAUCGUAGUGGGUAGUGUGGUGGACAUCGCGGUCACCGAGGUCAAUAAUGGAGGACACCUUGGUGAGAGCUCCGAGGACAGCUCCCGGAUCUCCAUCACCUUCUUCCGUCUCUUCCGUGUCAUGAGGCUUGUAAAGCUUCUCAGUAAGGGAGAAGGGAUCCGCACCCUUCUGUGGACCUUUAUCAAGUCUUUCCAGGCCCUCCCCUAUGUGGCCCUUCUCAUUGCCAUGAUCUUCUUCAUCUAUGCUGUCAUCGGCAUGCAGAUGUUUGGGAAGGUGGCCCUCCAGGAUGGCACCCAGAUCAACCGUAACAACAACUUCCAGACCUUCCCCCAAGCUGUGCUCCUCCUGUUCAGGUGCGCCACAGGGGAGGCAUGGCAGGAGAUCAUGCUGGCCAGCCUGCCUGGGAAACGCUGUGACCCAGAGUCAGACUUCACGGCCGGUGAGGAGUUCACCUGUGGGAGCACCUUCGCCAUUGUCUAUUUCAUCAGCUUCUUCAUGCUCUGCGCAUUCCUGAUCAUUAAUCUAUUUGUUGCUGUCAUAAUGGACAACUUUGACUACCUGACCCGGGACUGGUCCAUCCUGGGCCCCCACCACCUGGACGAGUUCAAGAGGGUCUGGUCUGAGUACGACCCUGGGGCCAAAGGCCACAUCAAACAUCUGGACGUGGUGGCUUUACUCCGCCGUAUCCAGCCUCCAUUGGGCUUUGGGAAGCUCUGUCCUCACCGUGUAGCCUGCAAGCGGCUGGUGGCCAUGAACAUGCCUUUGAACGCUGACGGGACGGUGACCUUCAAUGCCACCCUCUUUGCCCUGGUGCGGACAUCUCUGAGGAUUAAGACCGAUGGGAACCUGGACUUGGCUAAUCAGGAACUACGCGUUGUCAUCAAGAAGAUCUGGAAGCACACGAAACCCAAACUCCUGGAUGAGGUCAUCCCCCCUCCAGAAGAGGAGGAAGUGACUGUUGGGAAGUUUUAUGCCACAUUCCUGAUCCAGGAUUAUUUUCGAAAGUUCCGACGUCGGAAAGAGAAGGGUCUACUGGGGGCUGAGGACCUGCCAAGCAACUCAUCUGCCCUUCGGGCUGGGCUGAAGAGCCUGCAGGACCUGGGCCCAGAGAUCCGCCAGGCCCUUACAUGUGACCUGGAAGACGAGGGAGGGGCCGCCGACCCCAGAGAGGAAGAUGGCGCCCCCAAGGAAGCUGACAGGGACAGCCUGGACGCUCUCUCACCAUCCUGCCAUGGCCCCACUACUCCUGGGACUUUCCCUGUGGUGAUGGCCUUCUCCCCUAUAUCCACUGAUGAGGAUGGCCAAGCGAUGAGGAGACUUCCACCAGGAACUCAUUCUCCCAGGCAGCACAAGGUCAUCCCCCUCCUCCGAGGCCAUCUGCCUCUGGCCCUCAGCCUCUUGACUCCCACUGGUGAUGACCUGGUGUCUGCUCUAAAUGCCGUUCCCGUGGCAGAAGAGCUGUUGCACUCUGGACCUGAGGGCCUGCUGGAGCAAGAGGAAGAAGAAGACCACCCUCCUGGUCAGGACAGAUGCCUUCAUCGAAACGAGCUCACUGGGAGACCCCACCACAUCCUCCUCCCACCCCCGCCACCACCACCUUCUCCUCCUCUUCCUCCUGGGGAACCCUCUGGACAACUGGGCAGGCCACCAGGUCCACGCCACCGCCACCGCCGCCGUCGUCUGCUGCCCCCAACACCUGCUGUCCGAAAGCCUUCCUUCGCCAUCCAGUGUAUGCAGCGCCAGGGGAGCUGUGACGACUUCCCCAUCCCUGGAACCUAUCAGCGUGGGAGACCUUCUGGCAACAGCCAGGCUCAGGGUUCAUGGGCCACACCCCCUCAGCGGGGCCAUCUGCUCUAUGCGCCUCUGCUACUGGUGGAGGAGGGCCAGCUUCAGGGAGAUUACACUGAAGCUGGGUCCCAAGGCCCACUGCGCACCUAUGCCCGCCUACGCAUGCCCAGCACCCACAUACCACCUGGCCCGGGGAAGAGGGGCAGUGCCGACAGCCUGGUGGAAGCCGUGCUGAUCUCGGAGGGCCUGGGCCUCUUUGCCCGUGACCCUCGCUUUGUGGCCCUGGCGAAGCAGGAGAUCGCUGAUGCUUGCCGCCUGACCCUGGAUGAGAUGGACAGUGCUGCCUGUGACCUGCUGGCCCUGGGGGCCGCUGCAAGGCCUUCCACUGGCCCACUCCAGAUGGGGGGUGCCACAGGCAGUGAUGAGGAUGAGGAGGUCUUCCAGGCCACAGAGGUCGAGGAGGAAGAGCUAGCGGACGAAAUGGCUUGUGUCCCAGCCCCCUAGGAGGCCAUCUCCUCUGUUUGGCUGGAGGUAAAGGAGAGGCAGGAAAGUAGAGACUGUGAGGGAGGAAAAUGGAGCUGGGGAUCCCCCAAGGCUUCUACCUGAUGCCCCAACAGGCAGCAGUCUCAGCACUGCCAAGAAGGUCCGAGAAUUGAAAGUGAUAGGAGCUACCCUCAAGCAUGCCCACUGGACACUCCCAAGAGUCUCAGAGAAACCUUGAGCCUCCCAAAGAGGUGCCUAGGGAAGCCCCUCCCCAGCCCUCGGCACCCAUUUCGAGAGAGACCCAGAAAAAUCCUUGCGAGAUCCAAGCACUCCAGGAGCACCCGAGAGCCCGAGAGCCAAGUUCCUGACAGACAAAGAAGCAAAAGAUUCAUGGUGGACUCUGCCUCUUAGGCACAGUUGGAGUUCAUUUAACAUUCACUUAAUGCCCAGGCUUUUUCUGGCAGAGAGGGCUUGGGGGGAGGAAAGAGAGGUCCUCCCAACUGGCCUAUGCCUGCUGCUCCGACUCUCUACCAGAAGAAUGUCUGAGGUGACAUUUCUAGGACUCUUGAAUGAGUGAGGAAAGAGUGGAAGGAAGAUGUUAUAAUCCAGAAUGACAAUGGAGUGACCGGGACUCCCCUUGAGGAAUGAAAAGGUCCUGAAAAGGCCCUGUAUCUCAUAAGGAGAAUUGUUGGUACUGGGUUUCCUCAGCAGAGAUCCUGAAAGGGUUUGCCAUUUACCUUUCCACUUCGUUUGACAAUGAAGAAACUGAGGCCAACAAGGGUUAAGUGACUUGCCCAGGGUCACACAGCUAGGAAGUAUCUGAGGUUGAAUUUGAACUCAGGUCUUCCCAACUCUAGCCCUAAUGCUCUCUCCACUGCUCCUGCUAGCUGGCCUAAGGUGAAUUACUUUGGAAGACUAGGAGAGGGCACUUCCCCAUUGUGGGCCAGUCUUGGGCCAAUUGCCUUGAUGGCCUCGAUGGGUCAACAUCAGUUAUAUCUGGUGGGUGGGAGAGGCAAGGAUGUAAAUCAGACCAAGAUGUUCUGGAAAGAAAGUCCGGGUUGCCACCUUUAAUCCAGGUCCUCCUAUAAGACUUCAUGGUCCUUGACCUCACCCGUCCUCAAACCAGGAAGUGUCUGAAGGGUCUCAUGGCCAGAAAGAUCUUAGUUCUUCCUAUUCCUAAAGAAGUUGCAAAGGAGUUUUCCAAACUACUUCGACAUCUGAGAUGCCUCUACAGAGUCUUUGAGGGAAUGGGAGACCCUGAGAGGUGAGGUGAGGCCUCCAGAGAGCCCUGGAGGGCUCCUAAGUGUCUCCAAGAAUAACAGGAAACCCCUGCACAAGAAAGGCCUGGCGUGGACAGGCAAGUCCUGGAGAGUACUUAAGACUCCCCCAGGGGCCCCAGAGAGCACUCCAAAGGCUACUUGCAUCCUCUAGAAGAGAAGUGCUGAAGGCCCUGAUUGUCAAAACCUCGAAGCAGCCACAGGACAUAAACCAGUAAGACCAAAGCCCUCAGGCUUUGCUUCUGAAAGCAGGCAGAAUGGAGACCAAAUUUGGGUCUGCCUGCCUGAGUGCAAAGAACCCUGCACUGGCCUCCUCAGCCUCCCUUCCAGGGUUUGGGUGCAAAUCCACUUAGAGCUCAACCAGAGAGGGCCUUACUGAAGAACUCCGAAGCCUGCCAGAAGCCCAGCCUAGUUGGCUGGAGUACAAGGCUGAGCCAGUGGAAGGAGGCAAACAAGUGAAAGGACUGCCCAGGGUCACUCAGCUAUUGCGUGUUGGAGCCUGGACUUGAUUUCAGGGGUUCCUCCUGCCUCUAGGCCCAGUACUCUGGCCACUGAGCUACCCAGCUGCCUAAAGGGAAGAACUUGGCAAAGUGUGGCAGCUCUAACUAAAGAAGGUCAGCCUCUCCCCCUCUGAGACAGCUUUGGCCACCAGACGCAGUUCUCAGACAGAAGCUGAGCUGGCUCGGCUGCCCCAGAUGGGACGAGCGUACCAAGAGAGAUCAGAAGAACCCAGUGCAACGAGAGACCUGGCAAAAAGCGCCCCAGACAUAGCACAGCUGCUGAGGAGCUCAUGAGGCCUGUGGGCCCGGUGGGCUGGAGCAACGUGCCCACUGAAAGGAUGAAAAGAGUUCAAGGAUGUAUGUGUCCAGAACACAUGCCUCCUGUGUGCUCCCAGCCUGUUUGCCGUCCCUCCCCAUGGUCUCUUGGAGACCCAUCCUGUGCGUUCCAUUGUGAAGUUUCUAAAGGUGAUGGCUCAUGAAGUGCUUUGGACUCCGAUCUGACCAGAUCCUCCGAGCGACUAGGGGGAAAGCAAACACCCAGGUGGGAGUUGCUGAGCUCUCGUUUCAGGAGCUGGGCACCCACAGAGGACUGCGAACCUGGGGGACCCGAGUGUGUGUGGAUGGGGGUAGGCGCCCACUUAUUGCCAAAACAAAUCUCAUCCUUGAGGAGGGGAUCUCAGCUACAAUGGUUCCAGUGGCUAGUGAUUGGCUGGCUCCGGACGUGAUGGAGUGAGUCACAAAGGGGGAAAUGGAGGGAGAUCCAGAAAAGCACAUAGACACAAUGGGAGCAAAGAGAGGAGAUACUAGAUGGAGGCUUCUUUUUCUUAAAAAAUAUUGUUUCCUGAUUAAGUGUAAAAAUGGUUUCUUGUGUUCCUUUAAAAAAAAAUUCAAAUUCUCCCCUUCCCCCCCCCUCCACUCCUUCCUCAUUGAGAAGGCAAGCAGUUUGAUAUGGAUUAUCUAUGUCCAGGCAUCCAAAACAUAUCUCUCUGUAUGAAUCAUGUGGAAGAAACCACAGACCAAAAAAACCCGAUGCCACAAGAAAAAUAAAGAAAGUUAAAAAAAAAAGAAUGCUAGGAUGGAUGUGCAGUCUGCCUCCACGGGCUCUUCUGCUGGAGGUAGAGAACAAUGUUCAUCAUUGGGGCCGUUGGGACUGUCUUGGAUCAUUGUGUGGCUGAAAAGAGUUAAGUCACUCCUGGUCGAUCACAUCAUCUAAUAUUGCUGUUACAUGUGCAGCGUUCUCCUGGCUCUUCUCCCACCACUGUGCAGCAGGUCAUGUGAGUCUUCCCAGGUUACUCUGAGCUCCUUCUGCUCCGCAUUUCUUUCUGCACAAGAGUAUUCCGUCACCACCAUGGAGCACAACUUGGGUAGCCCUUCUCCAAUUGAUGGAGGUCCCCACGACUUCCAAUUCUUUGCCACCACAAAGAGAGCUGCUAGAAAUAUGUUUAUACAAGUAAGUCCUUUUCCUUUGUUGUCUUUGGGAUCCAGACCUAGUAGCGGUAUUGGUGGGUCCCUUUGGCCAUGGCUCCAAACUGCUCUCCAGAAAGGUCAUGCUAAUGUGUCAGGGGCCUGGUCUUCCUGGUCCUCUCCAACAUAUGUCCUUCUCCCUUUCUGUCAUGUUAGCCCAUCUGCUAGGUGUGGGCUGGU